AUUUUUUGACAUAUCAGAAAUGGCAACAAACAACGUCUAAUCAGCGCGAGUGUGCGCGGAGAAAAUUGAGCAAAAAAUAAAAAGAAAUGGCAGUUACUAGAGAGAAAGAAAAUUGUACAAGAAAAAUUAAUGGAAAUAUACCUGCAUUGUCCCUUAACAGUGAUAACAUGUCGACGUCCACAGAUAGUGAUGAUAUAGCCGACCCAACGUAUGAAAUUAGGAACAUACAAAGUAUUAUAAACGUGACCCGUGAAAACAUCGAUGCUCUUAACGCGAAAUUCGCUGGUUUACAGCAUCCACCGUCUUUAUACCUUACUGAAUAUCAAGAACUAACGGCGAAGUUGCAUAAUUUAGAGCUUAGGGAACGAACUUUAAGGGAGUUGUUGCAAUCUGAGUCGCCGGACAGAAGUGAGGAGUAUUCGUGGCAGGAUGAAAACAAGAAGUUCGAUACGCUUACAAGGCAGCCGAAGGUGUUUCUGCGAGCGCAUCUUCCAAACCAGCAGCGCACCAGCGUGCAAGUGAAAGAGGGUGUAAGCUUACGUGAAGCGCUAUCGAAGGCGCUCAAACUCAGGAACUUGACGUGUGAAAUUUGUGAAGUGGUGAGGACAGGGAAUGAUGAAGUGAUACCGUGGGAUAUUGAUAUAACUAUGAUAGAAGCUGAAGAGGUGACAGUAAGAACACUAGACAAGCUGCCCAUAAUGUCCCACAUGUCCCAUCAAUACACCCGCAAGACUUUUUUUACCCUUGCAUUCUGUGAGUGUUGCCGCAGACUGCUCUUUAAUGGCUUCUACUGCUCACAGUGCAACUUUAAGUUCCAUCAGCGAUGUGCUGACAAAGUGCCUAGUAUCUGUCAUCAGGUUCGCAUGCCUGAUACCUAUUAUGCUGCUCUCCUUGCUAAGAAUCCGGAGACGCAGGCUGGAAUACUGUAUCUUCCCUCUCAAUUUAGCUAUAAUCAAAAUAAGCAACAGCACCCUCGUUCUCUAAACCAACAAGACCGUUCCAACUCUGCACCCAAUGUCUGCAUCAAUAUGGUGCAGCGACCUCUCACACUGGCAGAGCAUCAAAGAAAACAUAAUCAGAGCAACAACUCUCCACAAUCAUCAAAUUAUCUUACAUCAGGAAGACACUAUAAAGACGACAAGGAAAGAGACCAGCAACACAGUCAAAGUACACAGGCAUCUCCAACCGGUACGCUCCGUCCACGACGCGCGCGCGCACGUUCCGCGGAUGAAUCGUGGAAACAUGCACUGUCGCCACGAGAAAGUUAUGACGACUGGGUUAUACACGCCGAUGAGAUACUUAUCGGCGCACGGAUAGGUUCUGGAAGUUUUGGGACUGUAUAUAAAGCUCAUUGGCACGGUCCUGUGGCUGUGAAGACACUCAAUGUCAAAACACCAACACCUGCUCAGCUGCAAGCAUUUAAAAACGAAGUGGCGGUUCUAAGGAAAACGCGGCACUGCAAUAUUCUACUAUUCAUGGGGUGCGUUUCUAAGCCAUCACUAGCUAUCGUAACGCAGUGGUGCGAAGGCUCGUCCUUAUACCAACAUUUGCAUGUGCUGGAAACGGCUUUGCACAUGCUUUAUCUCAUCGACGUAGCUCGGCAGACAGCCCAAGGAAUGGACUAUCUACAUGCGAAAAAUAUUAUACAUAGGGACCUCAAGUCAAACAACAUAUUCUUGCGCGACGACUGGUCUGUUAAAAUCGGGGACUUUGGUCUGGCGACGGCGAAAGUUCGGUGGUCUGAAUGGGGGGCGGCGGGUGGUGUUCAAUGGCAGCAGCCCACGGGCUCCAUACUUUGGAUGGCUCCAGAGGUCAUUCGCAUGGAGGAGCCGGCGCCUUACACUUUCCGUUCUGAUGUCUACUCCUAUGGCAUCGUGUUGUUCGAGCUGAUGGCUACAGAGCUACCCUACUCGAAUCUCAAUAACAAAGAUCAGAUCCUGUGGAUGGUUGGCCGUGGCCUCCUAAAGCCGGACAGCCGUAAGCUUCGAGGUGACGCACCCCAAGCCCUCAAACGUCUAUUCGAAGACUGCAUCAAGUUCGACCGGCAGCAGAGGCCUCAGUUCCGUCAAAUUUUGGCAGCCCUAGAGUCGAUGCUUCGGGCAAUGCCUAAAAUCACUCGAAGCGCCUCGGAACCCAGCCUUAGUCGGCAAUUGCACGCCUCCGACGACUACCUCACAUACACCUGUGCUUCGCCGAAGACCCCUGUCAACUUCCACUUUAAUACAGAUACCAAUUUCCCGGCCUUCUAUGGUAUACCAGUGCCAAACCAGCGGCACUAGGAGUGGGCGACGGGCGGGCGGCAGCCGCUGAUCUCACACACCUGCGGCCGCAUUGCCCAUACAUACAUGCAGUACUAUUAUUUACUUAAAUGCACCUUUUUCUUUUCUUCGAGGUAAUUUUCGGUGAGGUAAUCUGUGCCUUGAAUCAGUCAAAAUUCAAAAUUAUGAAUGUUUCAAAUUUUUUGGUUAUCAGGAUACUCUCGCAUAGUGUCCUUUCUGUUAGAAUGCUAUUUAAAUAGUACUAAUUUUUAAACCACCUAAAAAGUCUUAAAUUAAAUUAUAUUUGAAAAAAAUUACAUUAGUGAUAACUUUUUCGAGAUAAAAUUAUCUUUUAUACCAAGAUUAUUGGCAACAUUCUGACCAGAGACUAAAAAGCCCUCUGGAGGAAUGUGCCUUAAUACUGAAUUAGUCUGUGUAAAGAUAGCCCUCUCUUCAAACUUUUUAACACUAGAAAAUAAAAAUAUUUCAAGGUCCGAAGCGUGAUUGUAAUUAAUUGUUGAUUAUAUGUAAAUAAAUCUUAAUUUAUGCCUAUAUUAAUUAGUCCUGUAUAAAAUUAGAUAUAGACAUUUAAAGUAAUAUUGCUAGAUAUUUGAUGAUUUCUCAAGACUCAUAUAAUCUUUUUAAAAAUUAUUGUUUAUAUUUUAAUAAGAAAAUAGUUAAGUAAAAGUCCAAAGGGUUUACUCUGUCAAAAAAUAUGUUCACACCUACAUACAACACACGAAUUUUAUUAGUUCAUAGCAAUUUGAAAACAGUACUGUUGUACAGAAUUGCAUAAUAUUAAAAAGUAUUAUUUAUGUAAAAUGUAAAUAUUGUCAAAGUUAGAUCCUAUUAAUAAGAACUUGUGUAUACAGUAUAAUGCAUAAUUGUCGUUUUAAGAAUCACAAUAAAUUAUUGUUUCAA